UCUGCCAACGUGGUGUAGCUUAAAAAUUGUUUAUUCACUUGAUUCUGUUUAUCCGAACGCAAAUGAACUUUACAAAGAUAAUUCAAGUUUUAAUGUACAGGUUUUUAAUUCGGAAAAGUUACAAAGAUUAGUUUCGGGAUUAACUUAUCAUGAAAGAUAUCUGGACCAAAUUUGGAAUUAAUGCAGUAUUAUCACUGUUCGUGAUCGGAGUUUUCUGUAACGACAUCAUAUAUAUAGGCCAAAGUAAAGUCGAAGAAGGUAAACCUUUUACUAUUAAGUGUAUUUUAACUCACUUUGAAACACCAAAGUGGAACAAGGAUGGAAUUUACAUUAAUCCUAAUAAUAAAGAAUACGAAUUCACUUCUUAUCCCGAAAUUAACGGAGAAUCAUUUCGUAAACAUCAUGAAAUUUAUUUUAAAUUGCACGUAAAGAAGGCGAGAAGUUAUCACACAGGAAAUUAUCGAUGCUACUCUUUCAGUUCGACUUUUCAUCGUUUAGAAGUUAUUUCCAAGCCAACCAGUAAGGGUAAAGAUAUAUUUGACGAGGUCAUCUUAACCGAAAAUAAAGCGGUUACUUUAAUUUGUAAUAUCGCUGAAGAUGUUGUGUUUCCUGUUAAUUGGUAUAGAGAAGGACAAAAGAUUUUAGUCGAAAGAGAUCCAAGAAUUACCGUAGAAGAUAGAACACUAACUAUAAAUCCUGCUCAGGAAUCUGAUGCUGGAAAUUAUAGCUGUGAUACUGUCUCACAAUUUAGUCAUCCUAUACAAGGAAGAGGAAGAGUUAUAUACUUGAAAUCAAGAGCUAGAAUAGAACCUUUACCCCAUCAACUCAGUAUUCAAGCUGGAAAAGAUUUAACUGUAGAAUGUAAAGUUCAUGGAUAUCCUCAACCGUGGAUAACAUGGUAUAUUGGGAAUGACACAGCAUAUGAUAAACCAGUGGCUGAUGAUAGAAUAGAGAUUCAUCCAAAUUCUGAUGGUUAUCCAAAUGCUAUUUUGAUAUGGAGAAAUAUAUCUUAUGGGGAUAGAGAAAUCAUUAGAUGCGAAGCUGAAAAUACAGUAAACGUAGCAAGCUCAUCGAGUCUUCUUGUUGUUCGACCAAAUAUAAUAAUAACAAACGAAGACGAACAAGGGAAAGGAGUUAUUAUGGAACUCGAAAAAAUGAUUACUCUUCAGUGUAAUGUUUCUAGUCCCGUUCCGUUUGAGUUAAUUUGGUAUAAAGACAGUGCUUUAAUAAAUCCUUCUUCCAGAAUAAUCGUCAUUCCGGAAAAUAAUUCUUUGGUUAUUUAUAAUACAACAAUUAAAGAUGCCGGACAAUAUACUUGCGCAAUAGAUGGUUUCACUAAUUUUACAAUUGAUGUUUAUGUCAAAACACAAAUGGUUCCUUUCGAAAGAUCUAUAAAUCUCGUGCAAGGCGAUACAUUAACUCUUCAUUGUCAGACUAUUGGCGCACCUCUACCAAUUCUGACAUGGUAUAAAGACGAGGAACUAAUUGAUGAAACAGAAGAGAGAAUAGAAUUCAAAUUCGAUGAUAAUCAAGUACCUAAUGCGAAAUUAAUUAUUAAAAAUGUAGAUUAUGUUGAUCGUGCAAAGUAUACUUGUUUUGCAGAAAAUGGAGUAGGAGAAGCUUCUAAUUCAACAAUACUUGUUCGAGUGAAAGAUAAAUUAGCAGCACUAUGGCCGUUUUUGGGCAUAUGCUGUGAAAUUUUUCUGCUGUUUAUAAUUAUCUUUAUCUACGAAAAAAGAAGAGGUCAUUCGGGUGAUGACGAUUCCGACACCGAUAUUUUUUCACAAACGGAUAUCCCUAUGGAAGAAAAGGAAAGUACUUCACAACUAAGGCAACGAAGAUAAAAUUUAAGUGGUUGUAGUUAUUUUUAUAAUGGAGAAAAAAUCCUCGUCAGGAAGUAAUUUACAGAAAAUAAUUUCUGUCAAUUUUAAAAUCAAAAGCUAUCAGAAUUUUUAUAAAAUAAAUCACGGAGAAUGUGUAAUGCUUUGUAUAGGACGGAAGAUGAUGUGCAGAAUGGAAUGGAUUACGUUAUAGAAUGAUAUUUAGGCAUAAUAUUUAUUAUUAAUAUGGCUUUAAAAAAACGAUUGCAUGAACUGCAAAUGUAAUAAAUGAACAUAUUAUUUACUAAUAUCUCUCAUUCCAUCUGAGAUUUUAUUGUUUCUAAU